ACCACUCAGUGCGGACUACUCGCCACCCGCUCCGUCGCUCGCACUCGCUCACGGCGCCCGCCCAUCACAACGAGCUUCCACGCCCCUCGCCCACGUCGGCCCAUGCUCUUCCGCCUCUGAUAAAGCCCGUGUGGGCCUCCCUCUACCCCUUUCUUCAGCGCCUGCCACGCGUCGGCUGCUGGAGACGGAGAGCACUUGUUGAAGCUCCUCCUCUACUCCCUCCCCUCUCCCCUGCCCCCUCCCCGCCACCACCUGUGUGCCUCCUCGGUCAUGCCCUGUUGCUGCCAUGUGCGCCCCCUCCCUCCCCCCGUAGCCCCACCCCCUCGCCGAGCCCCCCCUUCUGGCUUCCUCCUCUAGGACCCGAUCGCGGAGCCGAGGCUGGCUCCCGCCUCCGUCUGCCCUGCUGGAGCGGCUGCCUCCUCGCCGCCGAGUCUAAAUGUCAGUAGCGUAGGUGCGGGGCGUCCGUGCGGCCUGCUGCGUGUGGUGCCGACCCUUGUGUAGUGUGGUGCUGUCCCCCUGUGUAGUGUGCUGCCGCCCCUUAUAGUGCAGGUUAUAGUGUGCAUGAGAGGAUCGGUGCUCGACCCCGUCCCCUCGCUCUCGAAAAGUCAGUCUUUGUCAGCCCCGUCAGCCCCGUCAGCCCCGGCGUACCGAGCCCCGCCUGUCACAUCUGUCCUCUGCCCGGCUUACGCAGCCUGCUAAGCCGCCCCUUCUCUGCCGUAGCGUCCUUCCGCCCGCCCCCGCUCGGCCCAGGGGUCCUCCGGGGUCCUCCGCCUCCCCCGCUCGGCCAAAGGGGUCCUCCGCCGCCCCGCUCGGCCCCGGGGUCCUCCGCCGCCCAGCACUGUGGCCCGUCCGACCCCUGGGUCAUGGGAGGGCCGAGAGAGCCUCCUUUGGGAGUCGCCGUCGCCUUGCCGCCUUCCUGCAGGACUCCCUUGACCUCGGCUCGAAGGAGCGCCGUCACCAGGUCCUCCGCGGUGAACAUGGCGUCUCCCCACGCCCCAGGGCACCCCAGCGCCACCCAACGCCCCUUCAGGAACCCGUCCUUCCGAGCGCUCCUCACCGCCUGUAUCGUGCUGAUGCUCAGUUGCACGGUUCAGGGUGAGGAAGAGUGCAGCAGUCAAGUGAAGUGCUAUGAGUGUUCCUCCUGGUCCGAUCCACUGUGCGAUGACCCUUUUAAUUUCACCCUUCCUGUUGGGAAAGGGCCACCCACAGCAGAAUGCCAAGGAUGCUGUGUGAAGCUUGUCCAGCACAUCGGGACGCCCUAUGCGUCCAUCCGGCGAACGUGCACGGAGAAAUUGCAGAUCAACCUGUUUAUGGUGGAUCACGUGUGCAUGAGGGAAAGUAGCGGCCAGGGUCACAUGUGCUUCUGUAAUGAGGACUAUUGCAACGCAGCCCCAUCCUCCUUCCGACCUUCCCUUCCCUGGGCUUCUCUGCUCCUCCCAGCUCUCCUGCUCAUUCAUGCUUCCCUCUUCUCCACCGUGCCUAGAUAAUAUGUGCGCUUCACGCCUCUCCUUUGUUUCGAUUUUCUUCUCCUCUUCCUCUUCUUCCUCUUCCUCCUCCUCCUCCUUCUUCUUCUUCUUCUUGUUAUUCUUCCUCUUCUUCUUAAUCUUAUGAUUUUUAGUUUUUUGUUUUCAUUCUUUCUAUCUCCCUUUUUUGUUUUGUUAAUAUUUUGUUUUUUGUUUUUCAGUGAAUUUUGUUUUCAGGUAUUUGUUUUUAUGUUUUCAAGAACAUUUUGUUUUCAUGUUUUCAAGAACAUUUUGUUUUCAUGUUUUCAAGAACAUUUUGUUUUCAGAUUUUCUGUUGUUAACUAAUGGUUUUCGAUUUAUUUGUUAUCAAAUUUUGGAGAUUCAGUAUCUAUUCCUUCAUUUCUCUAUAUUUCCCUUUCCCUUUUACGAUUCUUCUUCGAAUCUAAAAGUUUCGUUCGUUCCCUCUCAUGCAUUUUUUCUACUUCCUUUUCGUCAUUUUUAUUCUAUUUUUUCUUGGCCUCUUAAGCUUUGACUCGCAACCUCAACUUCUCUCCUUCCACUUCAUUUCCUUUUAUCAUAUUUCUCCACCCCAUCUACCUAUCAUUCUAUCUAUCUAUCAAUCUAUCUAUCUAUCUAUCUAUAUAACUACCUUUCGAUCUAUCUAUCUAUCUACCUAUCCAUCUAUCUACCUCUCAAUCGAUCUAUCUCUCCAUCUCUCCAUCUCUCCAUCUCUCUAUCACUGCUUCCCGCUUGCAUACUUCGGAGUGCUACCUUUGCAUGCUUGGUUAGUCUUAACACACAACACAAACAUACACCCUUUUCCCCUAGGCAGGUUGUGUAAGGGGCGGCACCAAACACCCUGCUUAGUGUUCCCCCAAAAUCACAUGUCAAUAAUGAAGAAUGAACAGUGUUAUUUAAUCAUUGUUCGAAUAAAUGGUCUAUUCCACCGAAUAGCCAUUUUUUUGAAAUUCCUAAUCCUUGCAUAAGCCUUUACUUUCUUCGUAGUUUGUGGUAGUUAAAGCUAAUGAGAGUAGAGUAAUUAUUGAUUUCUUUGGAUAGAAAGUUAGUUCUGUUGAUUUUUUGUUUACUUCCUUCCCUCCCCUCUCAUGGUCCUUUCCCCUUCUAGAUACAUACGACUACCAAGGCUUUCCCUUAAGCAUAUCGCAAGCACGCUUACCCGUUUUUUUUGUUGUUUUUUUGUACCAUUAUUUGUGCUUAAAUCGCUUUUUGCUGCUGUUUCCUCUUUUCCAUCAGAGUUUCCCCUCUUUCCCCUCGCUUCCAUCGCUUGCUAUCUCCUACCUUAUACCUUAUACCCGUGCACUGCUCCUGUGCGUAGUUGGACGUUGUUUAAUUGUUGCUAAAGUAAGAACACUUCACCGAACCCUACCCCUCCCCACCCCCCUCGUCCUACCCCCCCUUCAAAGAAAAUGACGUCACCAACCCCCAAAAAAUAUUGUCUAAAAAGAAAAAAUCCUUAAAUCCACGGAACCUUAAAAACCGCCCUUGUUGCACUCACUGCUUUGUUCACUGAUAUCAGUUGUUCACUUCCGUAAGGUAGAGCGCACUGUUCACCGUAUUUCGCAAGUCUCCGUAAUGAACGUAUCUCUCUGUCUCUCUCUGUCUGUCUCUCUUAGUCUCGUUCUUUUGCACUUGAUUACUUAGUGUUCCUUUCCUCCUGGACUUUCUACCCCUUUUUUAGACUGUCUCUCCGUGUGUCCAUGUUUAAGGGCCGAUGUUGUACUCCUGUAACCUUAAUGUUUGAAACUGAUGUAGAACUUUGAGUCAAAAAAAGAAGAAGAAAAACCAAGGAAAAAAUAAUAUCCUGUCCUGUCGUGGGGAGAAAAAAAUAAAUAAAUGAAAAAAUAAAAAUCAGUUGAACGAGGAGAUGGCUGUGAACUUCCACCCUUUCUCGUUUUUUUUUUUUUUUUUUUUUUUUUACCUUCCGUGUCUUAAGUCUCUCUUUUAAACUUAGGUCGAAGUCCGAUUGGAACUUAAACUCAAGAAAAAAUUUAGCUUCUCUUUCGGUACUUAAGACCAAGUAUACGUGUAAGGAGUCAUUACCUUGUUUUCUGUUCUUUAAAUGUAAGAGAGAAAUAAAAAAACUAUGAUAGAUAAAUAGACAUUUUUUAAGGGUGCUUUGGAUAUAUUUCCAGUCAUACUUUUACCACGUACAGGACUUUUUUGUUCUUUUUUGGCUCUAAAUGUAGAGGUAAACAUAUGUUAAUUUUUAGUCCUGGAGGCCAUCGUUAGCCCUGGCCUCCACUAAGGACAUAAGACUGCAACAAUGUUUAUCACUUUGUCUAGCAUAAGUUUCAGGAGUUAAGGCUUGUCAAGCGCGUGCCCUACAACUCGAUAUAUUUCAUUUUAUAUAUAUAUAUUCAUUAUUUUUUUUCUUCUCUCGAGAGGGGGUGCCAAGCGGUGCCACACUUCUCCCCAACCCCCCAGUCUCCCAGGUUCUGAUACCUAUUGUGAUAACGAAGCGUUGACGAAAUGUAGUGCGUAGGCAUCACUUUGUUGAAGGAACAAAUAGACGGUUCGGUGUAGACUAGAACACAGCGAGUUGGCCAGAUGCUGUUCAUAUUUUUCGCUGGCCAACGGCUGGUCUCUCUUUACCUUUUCUGUUUUUUUUU